AUGAGACUGAUCAUUCGCGAUGACGCUACUGCUGCGAGCAGAUACGUCGCUAACUACAUUGUCGAUCGCAUCAAGGCAUUCAACCCAACGGCCGAAAACCCAUUCGUUCUGGGUCUGCCCACUGGCUCCAGCCCUCUUGGCGUGUACAAGAUUCUUGUCGAGAAGUUCAAGGCAGGCGAGAUCUCCUUUGAGCAUGUCGUCACUUUCAACAUGGACGAAUACGUGGGCAUUCCUCGCGACCACGCCGAGUCUUACCACUCAUUUAUGUGGAAGAAUUUCUUCUCUCACGUCAAUGUUCAUCCUUCUAAUGUCCACAUUCUGAACGGCAAUGCCCCCAACCUGGAGGCCGAGUGCGUCGCCUACGAAGACGCCAUCAAGGCUGUUGGCGGCAUUGAUCUCUUCCUCGCUGGCAUUGGCGAGGACGGCCACAUUGCUUUCAACGAGCCCGGAUCCAGCUUGGCGAGUAGGACCCGCGUCAAGACUCUGGCUUAUGACACUAUUCUGGCCAACUCGCGCUUCUUCGACAACGACGUCAACAAGGUUCCUCGCAUGGCCUUGACUGUUGGUGUACAGACCGUUCUCGAGGCCCGUGAAGUCGUUGUUAUCAUUAUUGGCCAGCGCAAGUCUCUUGCUCUGCAGCGAUGUAUCGAGCAGGGCGUCAACCACAUGUGGACUCUGUCGAGCUUGCAGUUGCAUCCCCACCCCAUGAUUGUCGUGGAUGAGGAUGCCACUGCCGAGCUGCAGGUCAAGACGGUAAAGUACUUCAAGAGCAUCGAAAAAGUUGCCAAGGAAGCCGGUUUCGAGCAAAUCUUGCCUUCCAAAGUCCGCACCGGCAACGGACCCGUCCCUCAGACCCGUGUCGACGAGGUCAAUUCUCCUACCAUUCUCUCCCCCCAGCCUACCACCUCGCGACUUCUCCGUGCCACUCCUGCGACAGAGUAUCCCGUCCGAUCUGUUUCUCCCGAGCUGAUUCCGGACCGAAUGGCAUCUCGAAUCCCAGAGCCCUCGUUGAAUAAGCGACUUACACCCAACCCCGAGCAGCAAGCCGCUCGACAAAACGCAAUUAGCGCUUAA